AAGACCUCUGCUUCUAGGUAGUGGUGCUAUUCUUGGAGUAGCUCCAGCACCUGAGUACACGUUCCUCAUUUACGUGUCUCCCGUUGGAGAUUAUCAUAAGGCUUGAACAUGAAAGUUGAUCAUAACUAUCACCUAGCCCAUUCAGGUGGAGCGGGUGGUGUCAAGAGCUGCACGAACUGUUCUCCAAUUGUGAAAUCAUUGGUAGAAGCAAGGUCUUCAGGUUUCUCUGAUGUCUUGUUUCUAGAUGCGGUAACUGGCAGAAACAUCGAAGAGGCGUCUACAUUUAACAUCUUCAUUAGUAAUAAUCAUUUUUAGGGGAACAUUGUUUCUACUCCACCAACUUGAGGAACCAUUUUACCAGGAGUCACAAGAAAAAGCAUAAGCGAGCUAGCUCGUGAUAUUGGUUACCAGGUCCAAGAACGAGAUGUUACUGUGGAUGAGUUAUUAGAGGCAGAAGAAGUGUUAUGCACGGGCACUGCAGUGGUCGUUUAAGCUGUUGAAAUCGUGACCUUCCAUGACAAAAAGAGUGAUUAAUACCAAGACCAUUUCAUCAAAUACAGGACAGGAGAAGAGGCAUUGUCUACGAAGCUUCAUUCAAUGCUGAUGCAAAUUAUCUUUUCUCUUCGUGUUUUCUUUUAUGAGACUUGCAAUGAAGACCCUCUUAUACAAUAGGCAGAGUUGGUCACAGUUUGAAGGUCCUAUACGAUAUCGUUCAAUUAGGAAGACAAAGGUCGUAGCUGUUUGAAUAAAAAGCGAAGGAUGCAUUUAAUAU